UUUUUUAAAUCGCCAGGGUCAUUAUAUUGGCUUGACUCAUAGCUGGACUAAACCACACAUGUCAAAUCACUAUUAUAAGUUGCUAAGUCUCAAAUUGUUCCUUAUGAACAUUUUGAUAGCUACCAAUUUGUAAUCAGGCUAAACAACAUAAGUGAACUUAUGUGAAAAGGAACAAAUACUCCACAGUCGCGUUGUGCCGAUAAGGAACGACUUAUGUUAUAAGGUACGUAAUAAUUUUAACACCGUUUCUCAAGUGUCUUACUACCCACUUAAUAAAAAAUAUAUCGUCAAAGAAUUUUGUUAACUACGGGUGGUCUACAAGUGGUUACACGAUAUUUUUUAUAACAAUCCUGUGGGAUAUAAGUGAUAUUUUGCUUCAGUCUUAACUUUGAUUCUAUUUAAAACAGUACGUUCAUAUUGUGUGAAGUGAGUUAUUCUUAAAAAUGAAUUUCGGAAGAGGAAAAAAGCUAGUGGAACUGGCGCAGCUGAGAAAUGUACAAGAUGAAAGUCCCACACAAAGUGAAAAUCAAGAAGAAAACGAAGGCACCAUAAGCGUGUUGACGACUUCUCAAGCAAUGAGAUCAACCGAUGAUCCAUACAUGGAGCCAGUACCAUCCACGUCAAACGCAUUCAGAGGAGUUGAGAUCAGGUACGAAGAUUCAGAUGAUUCUAUAGCUGACCCCGACUUUGUAUUCAAUGAACCGGUAUCGUCAAAAACGGGAACACAUCGAACUGAAAAUGUGACAAAUGAUAGUUCUUCUACGACUUCAGACUUAGAAAUUGCAAAUGAACCACCAAAUGCAACAAAUGAUAGUUCUUCUACGACUUCAGACUUAGAAAUUACAAAUGAACCACCGGCGGUUGCUGGAUUAAGCUUGCGUGUGUUGAAACAACAGAAGAAAAAAAUGCGUAAUACAGGCCAAAGUUAUAAAACAUUAAAAGGCAAAGAAAUUCCUGAAAGAAGGUUGAAAGAUCUGACACCAUGUAGAAUGAAAUGUAAGGACCGAUUCUCUUUAGAAGUUCGACAAAUCAUUUUUAAGGAAUACUGGCAAUUAGGUUGUUAUACUAAAAGAUCUUCGUACAUGGCUUCUUUAUUAGAUAUAGAAGAUAAAGCAUCUGUAAGGAUACGUACAGAAGAUCCCGAUAAGCAAAAAUUUAGAACCAAAACAUAUAAGUAUAAUCUCAUUGUCAAUGGAAAACGUGAACCAGUUUGUAGAGGUUGCUUACUUAAAACUUUGGAUGAAAGUGAUAACUUCAUAAAAACAGUAGCUUUAAAAAAAAGAUCCUCUACCGCUGGUACUGAAACAGACGAUAAACGUGGAAAAAAAACGCCUAAAAAUAAAACUUCAGAUGACACAAGAUUACAAAUAAAAAAUCACAUACUUUCCUUCCCAUCUUAUGAAAGCCAUUACACGCGAAAGAGUACUUCAAAGAAAUAUUUACCAUCACACUUGACAAUACAACGAAUGUAUGAUCAAUACAAACUGUCUCGACCCAGUGAACAAACACAUCCCUCUAUAAAAAUCUACACACAAGAAUUCAAGAAAUUAAAAUUAUCAUUUAAAAAACCCCGCGCCGAUACUUGUUUCACCUGUGAUAAAUUUCAAAUGAAAAUAAAACUGUGUUCAGAUGAAGAAGCAAAACAAGAACUGAUGUCGGAGCACCAAGAGCAUGUGCAAUUAGGGGAUGGUGCGUACAAGGAAAAGGCAUUAGAUACAAAUAUGUCUACAACAGAUGACACCUAUCAGACUUAUACUUUCGAUUUGCAACAAUGUUUGCCCACUCCUAUGCUAAAAUCAUCCGUUGCUUUUUAUAAACGCCAACUGUGGACCUUCAACUUAACUAUACACGACAACAAAACGGGAAAGUCUUACUGCUAUGUAUGGUACGAAACUAUAGCAGCACGUGGAGCGAACCAAAUAGCCUCAUGUUUAUACAAACACAUCUGUACUAUGGUUCCUCCAUGUACCAAGCAUAUAACAUUUUAUUCUGACACAUGUGGUGGUCAAAAUAGAAAUUCCCAUGUCACUGCUAUGUUUACAUGGGUCAUGCAGAAGACACCAGUCCAGACAAUAGAUCAUAAGUUUAUGAUUCCAGGACAUAGUCACUUAGAGGUAGAUACGGAUCAUGGUAUCAUAGAAAAGAAAAAGAAAAAGACCGAUAUAGAAAUUUAUCACCCCCAUGACUGGAUACAGUUAAUAAAGUCCAGUGGAAAAAAGUUUAAUGUCAUACAUAUGAAUCGCAAUGACUUUUUAGACUUUUCUUCAUUAUUAAAAGGACCAUUAGUCCUUAGAUACAAAGAUACAUCGGGAGACCAGUUCAAAUGGCUGGAGAAAAGAUGGCUAAGGUAUGAAAAAGAAUUUGGUAUUAUUUUUUUCAAGAAUACCUUAGACCGAAAUUGUGAUUUCCAGACUUUGAAUUUGAAGAGAAGAGCUUCAGUAGUGCCCGAUUCUAUACCAGUGAUAACUAACCAACCUUUACCUAUAUCUAAAGAAAAAAAAGAUGAUCUGAUAUCACUUUUACCGCUUAUACCUGACACAUUUCAUAGUUUUUACAAUAAUUUGCCUACUUCUGAAACAGCUCGAAACACACUCCCAGAUGUUUUCAGUAGUGAAGAAGAGUCCAAUAAUUAGAUAAUUAUUAAUCAUACACACACACCUCUCUUCUGUGAGUGUAUGAUUAAUAUUAUUAUCUGAAAUAAAAGCAACACUUCACUAGGCCUAAUCACUUAAGUCAUGUCUAAGGUGUAGUUAGUAAAUAAUACGUAUCACAUAAGUCACUCAAAGUCCGCUUUUGUCUUAUUUUUAUAGAUUUUUUAUGUUCAUCUAAUGUAUUUCUUGUUUAAUAAUGUAAGUGUAAUAAAUAAAUUAUUAAUUUCCAAAUACAUUGAUUUUUAUUAUGUUUUUUGUUGUUCCUGUAAAAACUAAAGUGAAAAUGAAUUAUGACUUGUGUACUUUAGUCUGCCGACCCUCCAUAUA